UCUCUUUGGAUUUUUUUAUUUCAUUUUAUUUGUAAAAAGUAAGAAAAAAUAGUCACACAAAAGCAAACCACAUAAGUCAUUAUAUUUAGUGGUCAUGGAGUGUCCAAAAACUUUUUUCUUUCUUACUUCACAAAAAUUAGGUACAGAUGUCACCACAAAACAAAACAAAAACGAAUAGAAAUAAAAAAAUUUGCUCUUAAACAGUAGACUAAACGUUCACUGAAAUGAGUCGAUUUAAAGAACCGACUCGUUCGCGAACUUCUCAUCCCUCGUUGUUUUCAAAACAGCGACGGCGAGCAGCUGAGCACUGCGGUAUUAUCCGAGCAGCCCGACACCAGACUCCUCGGACUCGGCUCGUUUUACACUCGUUUUCUUCGACGAAGACUCUGCGUCGAUCGCUUCUCUUUUAUUCACGUUUAUCGGGGGGUUUCACGGAAAAAUAAUCGCUAAAUGACAGUCUGUCUCUCCCGCUGGGAGGACAGCUGGUGCGGUGAUACCAUCGGGGGGGUGAUGCCCUUGACUCGGGGAGGAGGAGUUUGGAGGAGAAGGGGGGCACCGUCAUCUAAUGGACCGAAAGCACUGACAUUGUGACUGUGUGGUCUUCGUUGGCAGGACUGUCAGGGAUGCGGCGCAUGCUCUGCAAGUUCAUUUCAUCCCUGCCAGCCGCGGAGCAGCAUCGUCCCGCUGAGGGAGGCCGUCGAGAGGAAAUGUUGUUCAUCCGCAGGGAUCCCUGGAGCUCCGCCGGCCGAGCUGAGGAGGCCUGAGCGGUGUCCACCUCCAGAUUAAAUGGUUGCUGGAGGCGAGUGUGCAUGACAAGAUAAACUGCCCGGACUGAGGCUGUCCUGGCUGCCUGCAGAUAAGCAGAAGCUGUGAGUCUGCUCUCCUCAUUGGUUGACAUUGUUGCUUUUUUGGGCCUCAGACUGUGUUUGUGGGAGUAGAUGUUCUUAUUAAUAAUGAAUGUAAUGGGCAGCAGCCCCUAAACUGUGAGUCCAGGGCGAGGAACUGGGAGGGUUUGUCUCUGAACCCCAAAGAAAGGUGGGUUUAACUGGAAAUAAUGGCGGACCACGAGGAAGCAGAGCUGUCCGAGUCCCUCCAGAAGAAGGACGAAGGCUUGACCAGUGAGGUAGAGGAACCAGACUGUAAAUCGAAAAGUUUGCCUGUUUUGACUGAAGCGGAGCCUCAGGAGGAAACCCUGCUGGAGAAUUCUGUACGGAUGUCUAUCACGGCAGAGGAAAGCGCUGAGUUUAUCCAGCCGCCAGCAAAGACUGAGUCCUUCCAGGCUGAGUCCCCGACAAGACCAAACUUCUCGCCAAAGCCGGGGAAGUCGGCGCUGAACAGGCCGAGCUCGUACAUGGAGAACACGGAGAUACGCAGGAGUAAAAGCUUAGCGAGAAGGAAGCCGCCCGGGUUUUUCGCAGCCAGGUUAGCGCGGAUUCGUCUACCCAGUAGGAAGUACCUGGGCCUUAUCUUACAGGACUCUCGAUGCUUCCUGUUCUGCAUGUGCUACCUGACGUUCAUCCAGUCGCUCAUGGUGUCCGGUUACCUCAGCAGUGUCAUCACCACCAUCGAGAAGAGAUACAGCCUCAGGAGCUCUGAAUCAGGCCUCCUGGUUAGCUGUUUCGACAUCGGGAGCCUCCUAGUGGUCGUCUUCAUCAGCUACUUUGGCGGGCGGGGUCAGAGGCCACGCUGGCUAGCAGUGGGCGGGGUUUUCAUCGCUGUUGGUGCCGCCCUCUUCUCCUUACCUCAUUUUAUCUCCCCGGCUUACCAAAUCCAGGAGGUGAACUCAUCCUCUGGAAAUGAGGGUCUGUGUAUGAACAGCAAUGCUAGCGGCAGGGACCGCGUCGACAUCACUUCCUGUCCCAGAGACCAGGAGGGCAACGAGCACAACCUGUACGUGGCGUUGUUCGUGAUCGCCCAGAUCCUGGUGGGCAUGGGAUCCACGCCCAUCUACACACUGGGCCCCACCUACCUGGACGACAACGUGAAGAAGGAGAACGCUUCGUUGUAUUUGGGUAAGAGCCAAUCAGAGUAGCCCUGUAGCAGUUGGUGCCACAGAUUGGUCAAUGGUAUUGAAUUUGUAUCAAUCAGUGACAUCUGCUGUGAUUGAAAUAUAAAAGCAGGUGUUUAAGUAUGGUGGCCCUGAAGGUCAGUGGCACAAAUAUUUCAGGAAGCUGAUAACUACGGCGCUACUUAACUACAAAGUUCUUGACUACUAAGCUAUUAAACUGCUAAGCUUCUAAUUUCCGCAUACACCAGAGCAAACUUCAAAUCGAUACUUGUGUGAUGAUAUAUUAUUGGAAAAAAAAUACACUAAAAGCACUUAAGCUUGGACCAAUCACAAUCAGCCACUUUCAAAUACAUUUAAAAAUAAUUCAUGCUUCCGAGAAUUUUUUAGUUUUUUAAAUGUAUUUUUGCUUUUAUAUUUAUUUGUCUUUCGAAAAUAAUUUUAAGUCUUUAUUUGUUUAUUUGUGUUUUCAUAUUUACCUUUCUAAAAUAUAUUUUGUUUUUUACUGUAAAUUUGUGAUUCCAAAAUAUUUUUGUUUUCAAAAAUUUUGCAUUUUCUAGAAUAUUUUUGUUUAGAAAAAAAUGCCAUUUUCUAGAAUAUUUUUAUGUUUGAAAAAAAAUGCACACUAUAUAAUACUGUGUUUGCGAUGUUGAGCUUUGUUACCAAAUAUUUUGACAAUUUAAAAAUGAUUUGGGUUUCUAUAUUUUUAAAUUUUUUAAUUUAUCUGUGUUUCCAAAGUAUUUUUGUGCUUCUAAAAUGUAAGUUUCUUAAACCUUUAUUUCUCAUUUUAAGUUUUGUUUUUUUUUGAAAAUAUGUUUUAAGUGAAACAUUUUUGUGUUUUGUAAAAUAUGAAUUCAUUGCCUUCUUGAAAUAUUCAUGCCAUUGACCUUCAGGGCCUCCGUAGUUUGACUCUUGUAUAUUUGGUGUUGAAUUUAUGCUCCAUUUUAUUACAAAAAGUUGACGUUCACAUCCAGCAGACUGCAGCGCAUGAUCAUACAUCUGUAAAAAAGUCUAAUAUCCAGGUUAGAAAUCUGAUAAAUUUGUUUGUUUACGCUGUGAAAGUCCAGAAAAGGGAACCAGAAUGUAGAUUUCAGUGAUUAAACAGAAGGAUUAAGGCUCACUGUAGCUCAUUAAUGCUGAUAUUUGGUCUGCAGAAACCUAAACCAGAACAAAACCAUGGUGGAGGGGAUAUUUCAUCAACGUGUUUGUUGACUCCAGAUAACCAGCUGCUAAAUUAAGCUGAGUGUGCUGGUACCUUCAAGCCCCAAACACAAUAUGAGAUGGAUUCUUUUAUUACUGCAGAAUUGUCACUGAUGUGUAAUAAGUGUAAUAACUCAGGGCUGUGGAAACAGUCAGUGCAGGUGCUGUCUGUGUCUCUGGCCCGCAGCUUGUUGCUGUUACAGAAUCUGUUUGUUGGCCGUCACUGACGUCAUUUCAUCUCUUUUGUGUCCUGGAAGAAUAUUUCAGUCUUGGUUUGUCGACAAUCUCUGAACCGCAUUACAAACGGCAGAGUUCCAAGGAAGAAUGCAGAAGGUGUUCAGAGAUGAGGAAACAUGUUCCUGUCUGACUCCGAUUUUAAACUGUAUUUUUAGAAAAUGCAGAAAUCCGGCACAGUGAGGGUACUGCCAUGUAAGAGCAAUGCAUUCUGGUCUAUGUAGGCCAGACGUACUGGUAUUCAGUGGAACAUGCUUGGAGUAAAUGAGGUAUAAUGUUCAUACAUGUGUUUAAAUCAGUGAAUCACCUUAUAAGCACUUAGUUAGGAGCAGCUACUCGACAGUAGAGACGUCUGUCUUGCACUUCCACGUUUCUACAGUAGCACAGAAUGGACAAACUAGUGACAAACACAUUUGGCGUUUGCAAAUUGCCUCAAAUGGAAGAUGAAACAGGAGAAGAGAGGGAUUGUUGUGUGAAAAAUUGAUGGAAAGGCCACCGUCACUUGACCUUUGGAAGGGGUGAAAAAUCUAACCAUUAAAUGUCAGUAUCAGAUUUUGGACAAAAAGCACAUCUAUAUUGUCCUUUCCUGCACACCGUCUUCAUGCUUCCUCCAAUAAGAAAUAACAACAGCACCGGUCUCCUCUUAGAUUAGUGUAUAUUUCAGUAGGAGGCUUGUGUUGCCUUGUUUCAGAGAGGACAGAAACGUCGACUAAUGUAGGAAAUAAGCCACGAGCUGAAGGCGCAACCUUCGUACAUGGACCGCAUGCAUAAACUGCGAGGCUGUAAGCAACGCCAUCACGCUUCUGAACGGCAUAUACAACCCCAAAAACUAUCAGACCGCUAGUUGAAAAGUCAGAAGCUGCAGCCUGUUGACCUUGAGGAUGUUAGUUGGUUUUCAGUUUGACCUUGACUUUCUCAUUUUGAAAGGAUGGCUGCAAGUAGUUUUGACUUUGCUGUAAAUGCGCGCCUAAGUAAGGUAUCAACCAACAGAUCUUGACCCAGGUGUCUUAAAAAAAACAAGUCUGCUGUAGGGCUGGGUGAUAUGUCCUCAAAUCAAUAUCACAAUAUAUUGAUCAGUUCACCUCGAUAACGAUAAAUGGACGAUAACUACUCCACAAGCUGCUCACCCCCUCCCACAUUAACUUUGUCUACUUCAGCCGCUACAACUUUCGAACCCUCCUCCAUCUCCUCACCUGUCUUUUCCUCGUUGGUUAUUGUUGUAAAUUUCAGUAUCGGUAAAUUUUCGGUUUAUUGCCCAGCCCUAGUCUGAGGACUCUGAUGGGAAUGUUUCUGGCACAAGAUGUCGUUGAGAAACCAGCUGCUAGACUGCGUGUAAAGAAACAAGAAACUCAAAAACAAGUGCUAGAUAGUGUCAAAUGAGGUUGUAGAUUUCGUCUAACAAUAGCAGAGCUAGCACUGCCUCAGGCCGAGUGUUAAUAUCAAAAUAUUGUUGAAACCACCUUGAGUCGGCAUCUGUUAUCUGUGGUUGUUGACAUCCAGGUAGAAGUAGCUUUAUAGCAUCAUACAAGACAUGGCAGAAGACGUAAACAGGACACACGUCUUCAGUAGCAGGUUUCAGUCUUGAGGAGAUAUGCCUCCUCUGUUUCAGUUCACCUCCACCACGGCCCUUUAUUUAUGGCGCUGGCUUUGUGUAGGGGACAGUCGUCACUGACAAGCAGGAAAGGCAAAGUUAGAAGCGCUCCAUUGUGUGAAACAUCAUUGUGUAGCGCCCAGAGAUCCACCGGUCAGCAGCUGUACACAAUGUCUGCACGCUCACACUCUCGCCGUUUAGCAGCUGUGUGCAUUCCAGCAGCACGGCGCUUUGAAGACGCAUCUGCGGCGAGCAUUCAACACCGCAUUUGUCACUUCACCCGUCAUACGAAGCCUCCGAGCAGGCCCCAGUGCUUCGCUAAGAGGCACACCAGCAGAGAGACAGAGAGCAAUAAGCAGGCAGCUGAAUUCCUGAGGUCUCUGAGCUGCCCUACAUGUCUAAUACUUGUUCCAGAUACUUCCGUGGCCAAAUCAACUGUUUGACCUGCAAACCCCCUCCGUUCCCCCUCUCUCGCUUCCCCCUUUUCACUUUCUUCCCCAGAAAUUCUCGCCUCAGUGGACUCAAACAAGUUAAAGCCUAAUUAAACCAACAAAUAGGAGCGAGGUUAUGAAAGAGGGGGAAGGAAGUCUUAUGUGCAUUCCUGUCGUCAGAGGGACGGAGUGAAAGAGGCUUGAGUAAGGUCUGAGUUCUCCAGAAACCACCAAAGAGGGUACGGUGGUGCGGUUUCACCUGCAAGAAGUUAGCUGAGAAAAAUGUGGUCGUUUCAAAAGUUCUUAUUCCGCAGAAAUUUGCAAAAGUCACAAGCGCUACCAGGUUCUUUGGCAAGACCCACAAAGAGAGGGGGAGCUUGUCCGGGGGGACCCACUUGACCAGUUCAGUUUGGCAUGUGGUUGCUUUUGUGACGGCCGAGUGGAAACACUUCAAUAGUCAGGUCAGUAUCGGCAGAAGCAAGUUGGUGAAGUGGGUUUAAGUCGGCUGAAAUGAUAGUGACUGUGCCUCCAUGAGUUACUAAUCGACUCUACAUUUACAUCAUGAGAAUAGUGAUAGUUUAAUACAAAUACUAGGGUAAAAAAUAAAUACAUAAUAUUAAUAAUAAUAAACAUUAUUAUUAUAAAAAUAAAUAAAUAAUAAACCAUAAAUAAAAAAACUAAUAAUACUAAUUAUUAUAAAACUAAAAAAUUAUUUAAGAAUGACUUUAUUUUUUAAAAAUAAAAAUACCAGGAAAAAUAAAAAAAUAAAUUUCAUAAUAAUUACUAUUAUUUUUUAAAAUAAAAAUAUAAAUAAAUAAUGAAUAAAUCAUAAAUUUAAGAAACUUAAUAAUUUAAGAAUAACUUUAUUUUUUUAACAAAAAUACUAGGAAAAAAUAUUAUUAUUUUUUUAUUAUUAUUAUAAUAAUGAAGCGAAAUCCUAAAAAGACAGUGAUUAUAAGGACGGCAUGUAACCGUCCUUCGUACUCGGAUGAGGCGACAAUCUGCCCAUCAGGAUCUACAUAAUCACCAACAACUGUCUUCUGCUGCAGAGAAUGAUAAGCUUUAGGUUUAUUUUCACACAUGCAUAAAAUCUGUACUAAAUACAAGAAGGUUUAGAGGACGGGCGGCACGCAUAAAACCGAACAGUGAAAAAUGUAAGCCUCGUCUGCUGCUUCUUCUGAUCGGUCACAGAACGAUAAAAAAACAGUCAAAAACUAUAAAUAUUGAGUUGAUUAGUAACUCAUAGAGGCACAAGCUCUCACGUUAUUGUUUUGGGUUCGCAAUAAAGUUUUUAAACGUACCUGAUCAUCUUUCAUGGGGCGCUCACACCAAGCGCAAGUAAAUUCAUCUACUCGCUUAAUUCGCGCGAAUCUAGACGCGCGAAUGAAGAGUACGUACUCGCUUUAUUCGCGUGUCAACGGUAAUCCCUGCCAAUUCAACCAGCGAGAUCAAGUGAUAGACAAAGAUUUUUUAACAAUUAAUCAGGUAAUCCGACCUCCUCACUCACUCGCCUCCAGGUGAGAAUUUUUAGCACGAUAUUUUAUUAUUUCUAAAAGAGGCUUUUCGCAGCCUGAAACGUUGCAAAAAUUGUGCUAAAAAAGGAGAGCUUUGGUGCACAAAUAAUAAGCUUAAUGGCUAAAUUUCUGCAUUACCUGCUCAAAUGCUUCUCUAACUCUCUCCCUUUAACACACUUUGCUCUUGUACAGUAGUUUAAUAACGUCUCACUGCAGCAGCAGCUGUCACAGAGGCUCUUCUGUAUCAACAGAGGAUGGAGACGCUCAUCUAUUCCCCAUUUCUCCGCCGGCUUCCUCAAAAUUAGGUUAGAUCCUGAUGAAAUAGAGCUGCUGUAUCUGCACCCCGGUUGUGGAAUUGGGUUAAGCAGUCAAUUAACCUGCUGGAGAGAAAAGUAUUAAAAGUUUCGAAAUACUUAGUUUGUGGGUUAUUUUUAGGCCACUGUUAUAUAUUUUUAAAAACACCUCAGCGGGAGAUUUGACGUGUUUGUUUGCAGGUUCGACUCCCUCUUUCUUUCUCUUCCUGACGCCUGAAGUGAGUCUGGUUUUGUUGAGUGUAAGGCGUGCUCAGAAGCAGCUCGGAUGAUCGUGUUAAAGCGGAAACAUGAGCAGAGACGGAUGAUGUCUUUAGGAAAUCUGCAGCUGCACUCUGAACUCAGCAGAUAGAUCUCUACUCUUCAUUUGCCCGCCUGCUUUUCCGCUGCAGACACUUCCUAGACACAGAUAGAUCGACCUGCUACUAAAGCGGGGCGGUGUUUCCCAGCACAUGCCCCCCCACCACCACCACCCUCGUUAGAUCCGAACCGAAAUCAAUCAGCACAGUUUGUCUGGUAAUCCCCCGUCAGAUCAGAGGUGUCGGCUGUGAGGGGGGGAGUCAAACUUCGCGUGAAUCUUAAGGAUGGCCGUGCCCUCUGGGAUCAGAGCCAGCGAAGCAGCAACACAAUGAAACAUAUUCUGUUUGAGCGCGGCGGACCCGCCCUGAAUAAUCAGAACAAGAGACGUCACUGCAGGACAAAGAUGGGUUUAUUCCCUGUAAUUUGAUUUAAGACGGAGGAUCCAGCUGAAGAAAAAAGCUCUGUUUCACACAGAUCUUUGAUCGCUGAGGUUACUCGAUGUGUUUGAUGUAGCUUUUUGUGGUUUGAACACCUGACUGUGGUGUGGUUUUGUGUAAUUUUGGAGAGAGUCACAUUCAGGGGUGGGAAUCUCACCCUUAGAGGACACGCCUGUUGGAUUUGAUCCUUGAUUGGCACAAAAAAACAGAAACGGUUUUACUGAAUAUAAUGUAAAAAACAUCCUUAUGUAUUUUAAUUUUCCAGUACAGAAGAGAAUAAACUUACUUUACAGUUUAAUUAUGGCAAAAAAUCAACAUCACAGUUUGUACUUGUACUAAAAGAAACCAGAAAGCAUCGAUUCAAAACUUAAGGAGCACUUUUUCACCCUCCCUGUCUUUGCAGCCUCUCUCCCGUCCCUUGGCUUUUCGGACACAUUUAACACACUCUGGCCUCUCAUUUACAUCCAUAAUUAAAGGUGUGUAACUCACGUCUCACAUGCUGACAUAGUUUUUCGAUAUUAAGCAGGUUUCCUGAAAUUCGAUGAUAACCUAAAGCUGGAUGGUUUUCAUCAGCAGCAGCAGGAUGAUCCUGUUCCCACCAUGACCUUCUUCCUGUCAGUCAAGGUCAUUUAACAUUUAGUUUUUGAGUCGCACUGGGCUGCAAUUUUGCAAGUCCUAAGAAUUUAGAUCCAUUUUCAUUUUAUAUUAAGAAUUUAAGAAUAGUGAUAAUUUAAUAAAAAUACUAGGGUAAAAAAAUAAAUAAAUAAAUAAAUAAAAUAAUAAUAAUAAUAAUAAUAAUAAAUAAAUAAAUAAUAAACCAUAAAUAAAAAAACUAAUAAAACUAAUUAUUAUAAACUAAAAAAUAAUUUAAGAAUGACUUAAUUUUUUUUUUAUAAAAAUACUUGGAAAAAUAAAAAAUAAAAUAAAAUAAAUUUAUUAAUAAUUACUAUUAUUUUUUAAUAUAAAAAUAUAAAUAAAUAAUGAAUAAAUCAUAAAUUAAAAAAACUAAAACUUUAAACAAAAAUACUAGGAAAAUAAUUUAUUGUUAUUAUUAUUAUUAUUAUUAUUAUAUAAAUAAAUUAAUAAAUCACAAAUUUAAAAAUAACAACUUGUAAUUUAAGAAUAAUUUUAUCACUUUCAGGAUCAGGUUUUCUGAUUUUUCCACAAACUGCCACGACUCUGGAUUGAGUAGUUAAACACUAAGACGUUGAUCUGCUUCCACUCCUGGGUCUGUUCAGGCUCUCCUUCUGGUUUUGGACCCAUUUUACCUCACAGCUCCAUGUCAGUAAAGGUGAAGCACCCUGCCGUCAGCUGCAGGAAAAACAUUCUGGUGCAUUCCUGCCCUGCUUCUCCUUAGCCUAGAUAUGAGAUCAUGCCCAAAGGCGUGACAGACAUCCAUUAGAAUAAUUCAGCACAAUAUUGCUUUGUAACCCCAAUAAGAGACGCUCUGUUUGGCUCCAAUGCAACAAGGCAGCAGGCCACUCUGCAGCCACUUGAAAUUUUAUGGUGCCAGCUCAGAGACGCGAUACGGUCGUGGUCGAGGUUGACAGCGCCGGCUUGUCUUUGUCAUGUUAUUGCGUGUGUCACCUCGGACCUGGAGUUCCUGCACAGAUUUGACCUGACAAAGCUUUUUCUUUUUGUGAUACUAAUGUGAGGCUGGUAUUGGAGGAUUAAACUGUCAGAUGUGGCAGGAUUUAGUUUCACAGUGGACUCAGACAUGUCUGCAUGUUAGCCUGAUCAAAACAGGCUUAUGAACCGGUCUGUCUGUCAGGAUCAGUGACAUUUCUGGGCUGCACAUGUGAAAGAGAAGAAACUGUGUGUUUGUUCGUCUGAUGUGUUGGUUCUCUGUGUUGUACCACUAAUGGUCUCUUUGGGAAUAUUAAACUGAGUCAAACUGUAGAGCUUGGAAAGAAAACAGUCCAAGAACGAUUUCCUUUUACCCUCAUGGUGCAGACGUACUGCAUAUACACUGUUCGAUAACUUCUCCACAAUCACUUUCAUGUCUCCGCUUUGUGUUUCUGAAACUUCCUUUAAUCGCUCAGCUGUUUCAGGACUUUGAGCGUUCAGCUGCAGUCUGACACAUAUAUCAGGACGCCUUCUCACAGAUUUCACGGAGGCUGAUGUCGGCGGUGGCAGCCCGUUGGGAAGUUGUAGCGAGACAGUGCUGGGUCAGCAGAUCGCCAUGACGACGCUGCCACAGCCGUAGCGUUUCAUUGUGUCUCCCCUCUCCUCAUCCUCGUCACGGUUUGGCCUGCCCCCGGCCUCGUCUGUGUCUGUCCGUCCCUCCACAUGACACGGCCUUCUCUCUGCUGAUUUGUGGAGGUUAAAAAGAAAAAAAUCAUCCGUCAACCUUCGAAGAUUUAAUGAACCCUCAAAUAAAACUUCACUCCUGAUUUAUGUCUCUGACUGAAAGCUUACAAGGUUUGGCUUGUUCGCUGAAGUCCAUGUUUUCCUCCGGCUCUUGAAACCUUUUAAAACAAAAACACGCAGUAAUUUCAAAAUUACAUUUCACACUUAAUGACUCGUAGAAACUUUGAAUUUACAGCAGCCGUCAGUUUGUUUUAUGAUGGUGUUGAGGCGCUUAAGGUUGGUCCAGCACAUUCACAUGAGAGUGAUCAGAGUCUUAAAGGCAACAGGUGAAACUUCUAACUGCUUCAUUUGAGCCAACAGUAAAAUACUCUUUAUUUUCUUUCACUCCCGGUCGUCUGUCUCUCCACCAGCGGCCCGGUCGUGGUUUAUCCCUCUGCUGAUGGUCUGCACGGUGUUGCGUAACGCGGCAGCCCGCCAGCCGAGGGUUUUCCCUCUCCUCCUACUAGAUAAGGGAUUAUCCACGAUGCGACUGGGUCCCCUUGGAAAGCCCAAGCCCUCAAUCCCAUCCCGAUGCUUUAUCAUCCCGGGCUCUGGCUAUCUCAGGCGGAUGAUGUAACAGUGGAGUGGAGGGAUGUGUUGGAGGGUCAGAAAUAUGUUUUCUGAGAAGAUGAGUAACUGCAGAGCUCACACUGAUGCUGCAGCUAAAGAGGCUCUGAAACGCACCUAUAAGCUCUCAGUUAUAUAUCAUUUCUAUAACAAGAGCUGACUCGAGGAGAAGGUUUACGGAUAUAAAAACAGUCGGUAGUUUUCAUUAUUAUUGUUCACAGUUAAAAUGGCAGAAUGACCGUUUUAUUCAACAUUAAUGUAAUCUGUCUAAUUUAGCAUCCUUGUGUAUACAUACUGUAUACACAAUACAAUAGGAUGCAAUAUUGAUAGAGAUAGAGUGGGGUAAGUUGAGCCACCCCCUGUUGCUUGGAAAUGGUCAAAGAAAUUGAUCAUGUGACCAAAUAUUUAGGAGGUGGGCAUCAAUUCAUGGAGUCUGAGAAGGUUAGAAGGACAUGGGUGACGAAUCAGAAUAGCACAGCACAAUAUUUACCAUAAGACAGUUGGUAACCAUGACGAUGUGAUAUGAUCCAAUUAUGAUAUUAAACAAUAUAUGAGAUAUCAUAUCACAUCAUUUCCUACAAUACAAGGCAUAACAUUACACUUUGAUCUGACCCUCUGUGGUAUAAUAUGAUCUUAUAUGAUACUCUAUAAUACCCUGUAGUACAAGAUUUAUUGAUGCAAUUUGGUCCCAUCUGAUCCAACUCCAUAUGUUAUGGGGCGGCAGUAGCUCAGGAGGUAGAGCAGUUGUCCAAAAACUGGAAGGUUGGUGGUUCGAUUCCCCUCUAUCCUGAGUCUGUCUGUUGUGUCCUUAAGCGAGACACCUUGUUCCCAGUGUGUGUGUCCUCCACUGGUGUAUGAUUGUGAGCGAUGUGUGAUGGUGGUCGAGGAGGCUGUAGGCGCAAGUUUUCGUCAGCCUGCUGUGACUACUAAGGUAGUUUACCACCACCAAGGUGUGACUGUGUGAGCGAAUGAAUGAUGUAUCCAAUAUCUAUAUGAAAUCUGAUGUAAAAUUAUUUUUAUUAUGUUGCAAUACAGUAGGAUAAGAUAUCGUACGAUUUGUGGUGUGAUGAUAUGAUAUGAUACAAUGGAAUACGAUAUGUUACACUAAGAUACAAUAUGAUAAAUUAAGAUACAAUAUGACAUGAUACAGUACAAUGCAGUAUGAUGGAAAACGAUACAAAUCGUUGCAAUAUGAUACAGUGUGAUAGGAUGGCGAUACAAUAUGGUCUAAAAUGAUACAAGAUACAUUCUAAAAGCCUACAAUAUGAUACAAGACAGAACGAUACAGUACCUUACCAUACCAUCUGAUAAAGUUUGAUAGAAUACAUUAAGAUCCCCGUAGAGCUCAAUAAUAUCAUGAUAAAACAGUACCGGGUCAUUGAGUGUGAUUAACAAGGUAAUCAUGCUAGGCCUCAUUAAAAAAAGCUGAUUAGUUAAAAAAUGGAAAAAUCUGUAAAUGUGCGAAAUUUCAAAAAAAAAUGAACCCAGAGAGCUUCAAACCAAUAAUUAGGAGUCAUGUUGAAUCUAUUCUCCUCAGUCGGCCAGUGUCACUGUAUUUCAAAGAGAACAAACUGAUGAUUAAAACUCCACAUCAGACGCCUCUCAGCGUGAACCCAGAGCUCCCCGUCAGUUCCCAGGACUCUCUGACAGUUAGAUAACCUCCAGUCUGCUCCAGUGCCUGGCCCAGCUUUGAGUUUUUAAGUCACGCCACUGGAUUUUUGUCUUUCCCUUCAACCCCGGCCAAGGACUUUAGGAUGUUAAUUCCCUCUAAUUGGAGAAAUCUUAUUCUCAGCCUCCAGCAGGACCCUCAUUACACGGUCAUAUGAUCCGCACACAUGACCCGCACACACGGCCUUUUGUACCUGGCUCUGAAAGCGAGAUUAGAUUGAGUUGUGGUGUUGCAUAAGGGUUAAAGUUAGGCAUCUUGUUUAGAUAAUUGAGCAAAUUUGACACAGAAGUUGGCACAAAGACCUCCUUUUUGCUGUAACCGUGUUUAUUCGACACUAACAGCGAAGGAGUCAGGUGUAAAAAGAGUUUGAACUCUGAUGUCAAAGUUAACGGCAAUAUCUCUAUCAAUCAAAAUAAUACUGCUACUUAAUCAGAUUUCUACGAUCGUAAUACUUAAUGACUUGUCCAAAGACAUUAUCUCAUGCUUUUACUUUGGGAGUUUGAAAGUGAGAGGGUUGAGUAGCAGUGAUCGAUAUAGAUGUAAAGAGGAAAGAGGGACUCAGGCCACUGAGGGGGUCUAUGUAGACGGCAACUGCGUUUUCAGGAGAUGAAAACGUAACAAAGUGAAAACCCCCUCCAGAGUGGAAAUGUUGUAAACACUCUGCUAGUCUCGCUUUCUUCUAAAGUACAAAAACGCUGAAAACUGUCAAACCUGUGACGUCCUGGCUCACACUUAUGACAUCAUAGCCAUGCGCAGCUUCCUUGAAAAUAACAACAACAACCAUGCUAGACAUUCGAGUCGCUUCAAGUUCUAUGUAUGCGUUGUUGGUCUAUAUGGGACCGCGGUCACGCCGACAUGCGCCACCUAGCGACCUGGCAUGCACAUUACAGCGUUUUCAACCACAUUGCGUUUUUGUGUAAACACAUCAUAAAAACUGAAAACGAAACGACACUUUUCCGUUUUCUAUGGAGACCAUUUUCGUCUAAAAGUUUUGCAGCCGUUAUACUCUUGAGGACUCAUGAACUCGUCCACAGGAAGUACCAUAUUUGGUUUGUGUGUCUCUGCCCUGCCUUCCGUCACAGCUAGUCUCGACCAAUAUCAGUUUUUCACAGCCAAUGGCAUUUUUUAAGCCAAAUUCCCAUUUGACGUUGCAUGAAUUUGACAAAAUAACCAAUUUAUUUUUGAUUGGGUGUUAAUUAUUGGUAAAGUCUUCUGGAUUUGAACUUUAAUGACUUACUGGUCUGAGUUCAGUUACGUUUUUGUGCCGCCACAUUGUGCAGGUGACUUUCGUUGGUAAAACUGAAUCUGUAAGAACGGUUGAUGAGUUGAUGGUUGAUGGUUGACCUAAAUGGUCAGUAUUGUCAAUACUGUCCUUUUAAAGGUAGUUUAAUGAAUCUACAAGAGAUGGUGGUGACCCAAAACAGAGCUAAAAGUAGUCUGAGUGAGUCUGCUGGAUGUGGAAUGAAACGACCUUCUCCCAACAUUAUAAAACAGUAAUAUAUGAAACUUAAGUGAUUGUUUUUUUGCCUCUCACAGUCCAAAACCUGCCUUAAAUUUCAGCUCUGUUAUACCUCUCUUCUUCUUCUUCUUCUUCUUCUUCUUCCUUAGCCAUCAUGUAUGUGAUGGGAGCACUGGGUCCGGCAGCUGGUUACCUGCUGGGAGGAGUCCUGAUCGGCUUCUACGUGGACCCCAAGACCGUCGUGAACAUCGAUCAGAGUGACCCUCGCUUCAUCGGAAACUGGUGAGAACGAUGUGGCUGAUUUUGUGUGAUUUACCCCAAUGAAACCGAGUCAAACUCAUAAAUCUCAGUUUUACAUCAGGAGUCUGUUUUUCCUCUAAUCACGGGAACAGAAACUCAGCGAGAAAUGUUGAAAGGCUAAAAAUCAUGUCAGGGUUCAAACAUUAUCAGGAGGUGCGCUCAGCUUAGUCCAUGUCACCGCGUUCAGAGGGAUUUCGUCUAGAUUAACUCCAGUUCCAGUUCAAUGACCUGCUGGUUAGUUCAGGCUUAGCUCGGCUCGCCUCGGGACCAGGAUUCCUCAGAUGAACACGAGCUCCUCGCCAGUUUGUUGGAUGUGAUGUGAUUGCAUAAAAAGCUUAAAAGGUUUGGUUGACACCGUUUCGCUGAGAGGUUUUUGAAGUUGAAACUAGUUUUAGAUUCAUUUUUGAACUUUUUCAGGUUAAUGUAAACCGUUUUCAUGAGGCGUCGUCUUAGUUAAAGUGAUGAAAAUCUCAAGUGCAGCACAAACAAGAACAUUUAUUUUCCCAUAAGAGGAGAAAAUACUUAAUUUACUGAAAUAUUAGACUGUAUCAAGAGGCAUCAGCAAACCAAUUUCCCAUCAUUUACUCGCAGACUCUGUAAUCAGAUGUUUAGACGUGUGAUUUAAAAAAAAAAGACAAAUUUAGAUUUUCCUUUCGUUAGUCGGCAUCCAAUUGUUUGCAUAAAUUACUCGGAAAUUGGUCUCUUCAGAGCAUCUGAAACCAGCAUUAAAACGUCACAGAAUUGAAACAGACGUUAAAAAAGUCAAAACAAAAGUUGGACACAUUUGAAAUCACACCUGGUCCAAUAAGUCCAAUAAACCGAGGUAGUCCCCAAUGAACCCCCAAGAUCAGGGCUGAUCCAGGCUGGUCCAAUUCUGCAGUAUUAUUGCACAGGUCAGUUUUACAUUACUUUGCGUUACCAGGGUAACGAAUGCCGCCAAGUCGGGCUUGGCACCACCACACAACACAACAUUCACAAUCGUACACUAGUAGAGGACACACACUGGGAGCAAGGUGGAUUGAGUGUCUUGCCCAAGGACACAACAGACAUACUAGGGAUAGGGCGGGAUUCGAACCACCAACCUUCCAGACAUUGGCCAACCGCUCUACCUCCUGAGCUGCUGCCGCCCCUACUGAUAUCAGCACAAGGAGGCAAUUAAACGCAGAUAUUCUAUUCAGCAAACCAAACGUUGAUUAACGUUGACACUCUUCAAUCUUCCGGUCUCCAGCUGGUCUCCAGUUGGUUGGGCGAAUCCAAAAUGGUGAAAACAAAGGGGGGUGUUCUGAGACAGGCUGUUACCUGUGAAACUGGGGUCCUCUGAAAACAUCCCCAUUAGCAUUUGGUACGUUCCUCCUGAUGAAAUAAACCAUUGACUGUAAAUUGACGUGGAAAAAAAUCCAGUCGACCAAUCAGAGCUAAAUGUUCUAGAUCUCUAAAACGAGCUAGAAUUACCAUCACUAAGAAUGAUGGAUCCGAACCCUGCUCUUCCAAUCUAAGACGGAUCACAAACAACUUAAGCAUGAUCCCUCAACUUGAGCUGGAGGCAGCAGCUUCAACCUGCUCUGGUUUGUUUCGGUCUGAACAGGAAGUGAGGUCAGGUGAGGUUCCCUGCAGGUGUAAUCCACCUUUCUCUGGGGUUUCCUCAUUAAUAUUUCAGUUGUUCAUUCUCGCGGUCACACCGACAGCUCUACCUGAGAUUCAUUCCUGCUCCUCGGUCACGUUUCUGUGCGAGUCCUCCAUCCAUCUGUAGAUCGGUGAGGAUUUAUGAGAAGCGGUUAGUCAUCUAUUUACAGCUCUCAGUGAUGCCAUCCUCUAACUGACAGCACAACCAGUGAGUCACCAGCCACAGGCUUCCCACAUGAGUUCUAGGUGGUGAUGGCAGGGAGAGGACGAGAGCACGAGUGUUCAGAGAUUUUUCUGCUUUACAUUCAUUUAUGUAAAUCCAAAUUGAGAAUGAGUCUUCGAUUUCCCGUCCCCGUCCAGGUGGAGCGGGUUCCUCCUCUGCGCCGUGGCCAUGCUGCUGGUCAUCUUCCCCAUGUUCACCUUCCCCAAGAAGCUGCCGCCCCGACACAAGAAGAAGAAGAGGAGGAAAAAGCUGAGCCUGGACGACCUGUCCAGCGACGACGACGUCCUUAAGGAGAAGAGCAACAACAACAAGACCCAGACGGUCACCUCGUCCAUGGGCUUCGGCAAGGACAUAAAAGGUUCGAGAAAACGCUUGUUGGUGUCGGCGAUGACUUCAGAGGGGAUCUCAGAGGUUGAGGUUUUGGGUCUUAAACUUGAACAUAAUGAUGAACGAGUUAGGUAUCGGUUUGUUGACAUUAACUCUCUAACGCCACCAAUCACCGGGGUCAAAAAUAUGAUCAUUUAAAGGGAUAUUUCAGAGCUUUUCAAGUGAGGUUGUAUCAGUUGAAUAUUACUCGUGAGUGUAUUAGCCACAAUGGAUGCCAGUCAGCUCUGCCCCUUUAAUAAGAAGCUAAGAAGAGAUCCGGCAUGCAAACUAGGCUACAGUUUCCUGCAGACCAGAGUGAGUCUGCCUCAUAAUUAAGUUAAUUUUGAGAGAAAUAACCCUUUAAAAAUACUCUGGCCAUAAAAACUGGGAUUGUAGAGCAGAUUUUUGACUGAGUGAGUACAAAUAUGAGGCUGAUUCGAAGAGCGAGUUUGGUAUUUUCCAGCUAAAUAUGUUAAUUUUAUGAAGUCAGGUGAUCACAACAGGACAUACCGUCACUGUAAAUCAAAUACAUCUGCGGUAGAAGAGUCAGAAAGGCAGUGUAAAGCCUUGACAUGGACACACGGAUUUUUAAGAUCCCACUGUGAUGUUAUAGAGAAUAUUCACUCUCCUCCAGCUCAUGUUGUAAAAUGUCCAACUUCCUUUUUUCCAGACCUGCCUAAAGCAGCUGUGAGGAUCCUCAGUAACGUGACCUUCCUCUUCGUCAGCCUGUCCUACACCGCAGAGAGCGCCAUCGUCACCGCCUUCAUCACCUUCAUCCCAAAGUUCAUCGAGUCUCAGUUCGGCAUCCCAGCCUCCAGCGCCAGUAUCUACACCGGUGAGCUCAAUGACAUCAUCUAGUUUCAGAUCCACUCCUCCAAAGCCCGUCUCUCUCCUUAUAAUAUGAUGUACUUCAGAUCACACUCCUGAAUUUGGCAGGAUUCUGAGAACUGCAGACUCAAAGCUGUUCCAUCUUUGUAGAGUCUGUAAAAGCAGCUCAGGCGCAGACGAGAGGCAGACAGACCAGAUUAUUCAUACACCACCAGGACUUUAAUAUCUGCCAGUUCAGCACUGCUGUGUUCAUCUUAGAGCAGAGCAGGAGAGUCCGCCGGCCCACCGCUGCAAGCCGGCACACAUUAAUAAUGAAGAAACUGCUCGUCUUCAAAUAAAAGGGUCACCUGGGAGCAGAGCCGGAGCGCUGAGUGCAUCAAACACACUCACACAUUCAGGAACACGAGCAGAAAUGGACUCGACACAGAGUUUCAUGAAGGUUACACAUACAUGGUUAAACAGCGAGGAUGUAACAACACCCACGAGUCAUGAUGGGACAUGAACCGUGACUCUGGGUUCACCACUUCACCUUAUCACUAUAGGAUUUAACACUAUCUAUCUAUCUAUCUAUCUAUCUAUCUAUCUAUCUAUCUAUCUAUCUAUCUAUCUAUCUAUCUAUCUAUCUAUCUAUCUAUCUAUCUCUAAAAGAAUAUAGAACAUUUUUCCUAGAUGUUGUCUGUUUUCUUUAUAUUUAAAGUUAAUUUUGCGGAUGUUUCUGAAUAAAAGCAUUUUUAAAAUUCUUUAUUUGAUUAAAAAUAUUUAACAUAAGAUCUUUUUUAAUUUUAUGAGAGUUGUUGGAAACAUUUUUAAAAAAAAUAUGAAUAAGGCUCGACCAAUAAUCGGCACGGCAGAUAAUAUCGGCCAAUUUACAAUAAUCGUCUUGGUGAGUAAUAUACGCUGAUAUUCAGCGUUUUUACAAUUAUCGGCACUGGCUGUUUUUUCCAUCGAUAGCCAAUAAAAUUUAUUUAUUUUAAAAAGCGCUGAUUCAGCAUUUUUCUUAUAAUCAGCAUGGCAGAUAAUAUCGGACGAUAUUCAGCAUUUUUACAAUAAUCGGCUUAGUGGAAAAUAUCAGCCGAUAUUCAGCAUUCUUACAAUUAUCGGCAUCAGCUGUUUUUUCCAUCGAUAGCCGAUAAAAUUUAUUUAUUUUAAAAAGCGCUGACUCAGCUCUUAUACAGCCGCCUCUCUCUGCCUGAAGUCUCCACUCUUGGCUGUGUAACAAUGUCCCGCCUACAGUCCCCACAAACAGCCAAUCAACACUCAAGCUUCUAUAUACUAAUAUAUAUCAGUAGCAGCCCUAAAAAAACAUAUUGGUCGAUCAUUUAUUAUCACUAGUUUCAAUUGAACUCAUGUCUAAAAUUUCACAAACAGACAUUUCAUUUUGACAGCUCAUGUCCAGUGAUCCCUCGUUAUUGUGACUGCAUUUGCACCCUUUAGGAGUUCCACUUAGGAGCUCCCCCUACUGACUGGUUGCAGAAUAGGUCAUAAAGCCUCUAUGUUUGCAAAGUGAGCAUGGGCCAAACCCUAAAAUCGAAAUAUAAUUAUCUAUUUGGCUUUAUUUCGGUUGUUAUGCUGCUUUAAGCUUAUGAAGAUUGGUUCAAACUAGUUUUUUCAUGUUAAAAAGAUUACCUACUGAACCUUCUGGUCUGUAGAGAAGAAGAAAACAUCACAAACACCAGCAGAGCAAUCACUGAAGUUUAUCCAACCAUGAGUGUCUGCUUCAAACCCCCCUGAGAGGUCUUUGGUGUUUUACUGAGCCGGUAAUUGAAUGUUUUGGUUAGUGGAGAGGCUCAGUAAUGACUCCUGAGACUCUUCCAGCCGGGCCGGUUCUGGGCAUGUCUUGGCAACAGGAUUUGAGUCAAAAACGAUUUGGAUGGUCUCUAAAUGCACCAGCUUUUCUCUGCAAUGCAAGGUAUGAUGACAGUCUUAUUAAAGAGGCAUAAUUGACAGAGACCAUGUCAUGUGUAAUAAAGGUUACCGAACAAACUAUAACUCUCUGGUGUUUAUGCAGAGAUCCGUAGGAGAGCCACUCGUCUUCGUAUCAUACACUUAAAUAUUGUUGAAGAAGAAGCCCCUCGGUCUGUUGGUCGGUGUGUGUCUCAGAGAUAAAGAGCCACUCAGAGCCGUCCCUCUGCUGGAGCUGAUAAAACAAGAAGCUGAGAGGAAAAGCUGAUGACCUCUUGGAGCCACAGCGUCUAUUUUGGUUUUCUGGAGCUGCUGAUAACUCGAGUGUUUCUCCAUGGGAACUUUCUCUCUGUAGGUUGUAUCGAUGUUUUCUCAGACACACACAGAGGCUUUUUACCUCUGCAGUGUACAGUCCUGAAUAUUGAACCCGCCCACCCUCCUUUCAGAAUAUGUAGACCUGACAACAUCAUUGUAAUCGAUAGUUUAAUUACUUUAUUACUCCUUGGGGUAAUGCCAACAAUAAUCUGCAAUAACAUUUACUUUUUUAUGGCGUUUCAUAUUCUCCACUUAAUCAGAUGAGUUGAUAGAGAUGAUUUGACUUUUUUGUGGUUUAUCAAUCAUCCAGUUAUUAACAAAUACUGAUAAUAUUGUUACUUCGAGAUGUCGUGUUGUUCUGUGUCCAAUCAGUGUGCGGUUAUUCCAAGAUCGUUGUAAAAAGUCACUUGCCAUUCGUGAUCCUUGGUUAAUUUCAACAGCGUUUGCGCUCUUCAGGAGUUCCAGUUUGGUCGCUGUCUCUCAGAACUUUAGGAUGAGCUGAUGAUAGACCUCGAUUAGAUCAUUCAACUGGAAAACUGUCCUUGUUCCAAUAAGUGCUGGGCAAGAAUCGAUUUAUUAAUGAAAGGAUGUCCACUUUAGAUGGUGAUAAACCCCCUUUACGAGGAGUGACUUCUUGACUGUUUCCUGGUUGAUCUUCUGUGUCACGUCCCAAAACAAUCUACAAACAUCUCUUCUUCUCUUUCUGUAGAAGGUUUGUUUACUACCCGGCUCCUUGAUCAAAUCCCAAACUGUAACCUGUGGAUCAUCGGCGAAAAGCUUGAUCCAUAACUGCAUUUUUUGGUAUGUUGGUUGGACGUUGAGGAAUUGGACUUGGUGCCCGGUCUAGUUUUAGUCUGAGGAACACGAUAAAAUAGAUUCAUCUUCUAAAUCUUUUGAGUGUUUCGUACAUGCAGGUCCUGUACGUGUGAGACUGUUGUCCUCGGUGGAAGUAUGACAAGAGCAAUCAUAGCAAACUUAACCGGGAUUUCCACCGCCAAACGCCAAUUCCUACUGGAUCUGUUUAUAAGAUGAAUUUCAUGGUGGAUUACGGACAACAGUAAUCGCAAGAACCCACGGAUUCACAUGCAAUCGCGCAACAACAAGUUGUCUGUUAGACACAGAGGCUAACCAUAUAAGCAGUAGAUUGUGUCUUUCCAGAGGAGGAAAUCUACUUCUAGACUUCUAGAAUCAGCAUCUCCCCAUCCAUGGUGUCAUCUGGGUGAAAUGACGUCUAUAAACCUUUCACUUGUUCGUCUCCGCCACUUUGCAUGGUGUGAAAUACGACCCGCCUUAAACACGGUUUUAUUUUGUGUCUGUGCCCAACUUCCUUUCCAGCAUAGGCUAAUCUGUGCUGGCGGAAAAAUAGAACUCUUGCGAUCAGCUGCGGAGUCCAGCGAUCUGCAUCGGAACAGAAAAAGGCCGCUAGAAAUUGACACAUUAACUUGAAUGGUUACGAUCAGCGGAUACAGCCUUUUCGUAACCGUUCCGGAUUUGAUGGAAGUUUGGGGUAACCAGACGUUGCCCCUUAGAUCUGAACCAGAACCCUUGUGUGAUUCUCCUGCUCUAAAAUCAGCGCUCCUUUAGCUCAUAAGUUGAAGCUCAAACGUUUAUGAAUCUGUUUCACACAAAGUUGCGCGUUUCUUUUGACUCAAAGCUGAAAUGUGUCGAUCAAAAGCUCUUACAGCCCGACCGAAGCCAAACACCUACGGUUAAACUCUAGCGAUUUCACUUUGACAGUUUGAAUUUGUCGUCAGCGCUGACAUUUUCCAUGUGUGGUUUGGUGAAAGGGCGGCAUAAUGCUGUUGUCAUGAGUUGAAUAACAAAAAUAAAAGUCUAACCUUUCCCACUGCUGGCUGGCUUCAGGUGGCAGCCCAUCAUUAGUCACACCGGCAGGUACCAUGAGUCAUCUGAACUUUCCAAACAGAAACUUCUAUUAUUGAUGGCUGGAAAUUUAAAGGCUGAACAAACAAACUCCAAAUAUUCUGGUAUUACAGCAGUAAAACCUUCUGCACACGUUCUCCCCAAAGAAAUCCCAUCUUUCAGGACUUUUGUUGUCAGAAAUGUUCCAGUGUUGAGUUGCAUAACUGUCUCAGCUGUAGGAGGAGUGGGCCGGGAAGCCUGUGAUAAAAACUGCCACUCAUACUGCACAUAUUUUUACAUUAGGCCAGUCUGUGGAGGGUGAAAACAAAGUAUUCAAUGAGAGCCUGCGUCAGGACCAGAGAAAGUCUGAGGAUUUUUGUUCGGUGUCAACAUUAUAAGAGAGUUUAUGCAGUUAUUUGAAGAACAUUUUGAUGUUUACUCACAAAUGUCCAGUGAUCCCUGGUAAAUGUAGAAGCUGCAUCUUCAGGAGUUUUAGUUUGUCGGAUGAUUUGAAUAAUAAAAAUGUACAAUCACAAAUCAGUGCAUGGAUAAACAGUCUGAAUUUGUAUCGUGUUUUUCUCCCUUCCUCUCUCAGGUGUGAUUAUUGUGCCAAGCGCCGGCGUGGGCAUCGUCCUGGGCGGGUACAUCAUUAAGAAGCUGAAGCUGGGAGCCCGCGAGUCGGCUAAGCUGGCCAUGAUCUGCAGCGGAGUCUCGCUGCUCUGCUUUUCAACGCUGUUCAUCGUGGGCUGCGAGAGCAUCAACCUGGGAGGAAUCAACAUCCCAUACACCACCGGGUGAGCGAGGGCAACCGGGAGGGUGAAUUUUGAAGUACUCUGCUGUCAUGAACCAUUGCUGACAAAGAAAAACCCUGUUGGUGAAGUUUCAAAGCUGUCGGUGUUGCGUUUUCAUCGGGGCUGAAGUUUCCUCUGGGUGUCCAGUUGUUGGUGUGAAUUUUGAGGGGGAAACAACAAAAAAAGAAAAAGAAAGGAAGUUGAGGAAGGUAGAGGAUAGUCCUUGAAUUUGCUGUUACUGUGACUUAUUUAUCUGACUCAGCAAAUUUACGAGGAGUUCAAUAAAUCAAUUUAUUGUGUUAGUCUGUCUGAAACUAGACUAAUUAAAACACGUUAACAUGUAAGUCUGACUAUCACAGCACUCAACUGAAAUCUUAAAAACUAAACUAACGUUUCUUGAUAGUGAAGAGCGAUUUUUGUCUUUACAUUAGUCGGACUGAAAGUUGUCUAAGCGUACAGCACAUGCACCAAAAUUUGUAUGAAGGGAAGCUUAAAUGUGUUGUUAGAAAGCCAGGUUGUAAACAAACUAUGAACAGAUGAAUAAGGUAUAAAAAAAAUUGAGUUGUAUCAUAACGAUCAUAUCGAAUCGUGUUGUACCGAAUCGUUAUAUUGAAUCGUGUCGUAUCAAAUCAGGUUGUAUCAAAUAAUGUCACAUUGAAUAAUGUCAUAUCAAAUCAUGUCGUAUUGAAUCGUGCUGUAUCGUAUCGGGUUGUAUCGAAUGAUGUCACAUUGAAUGAUGUCAUAUCGAAUGAUGUCAUAUUGAAUCGUGUUGUAUCAAAUCAUAUCAUAUCGAAUGAUGUCAUAUUGAAUGAUGUCAUAUUGAAUCUGGAUGUAUCGAAUGAUGUCAUGUCUAAAUAGGUCAUAAUAAAUGGUGUCAUUGCAUCAUCAAUCGCAUCAUAUCGGAUUGUGUUGUAUCGAAUGAUGUCAUAAUGUAUCGUGUCAUAAAGAAUUAGGUUGUAUCGAAUGAUGUCAUAAUGAAUGAUGUCAUAUAGGAUGAUGUCAUAUUUAAUUGGGCCAUAUUGUAUUGGGUUAUAGCAAAUGAUGUCAUAUUUAAUGAUGUCACAUCGAAUGCUGUCAUAUUGAAUGAUGUCAUAUAGAAUGAUAUCAUAUUUAAUCGGGCUGUAUUGUAUUGGGUUAUAGCAAAUGAUGUCAUAUUGAAUGAUGUCAUAUCGAAUGAUGUCAUAUUGAAUGAUGUCAUAUUGAAUGAUGUCAUAUCGAAUGAUGUCAUAUUGAAUGAUGUCAUAUCGAAUGAUGUCAUAUUGAAUGGUGUCGUAUUAAAUCAUGUCGUAUUGAAUGAUGUCAUCUCUAAUCCUGUCACAUUGAAUGGUGCCAUAUCGUAUCGAUGGUAUCGUAUCGAUCGUAUCGAAUCGUGUCGUAUCGAGCGUAUGGAAUUAUAUUGAUCGUAUCGAAUCGUAUCCUGUUGUAUGGUAUGGCAUAGCAUGGUGUUGUGUCAUAUUGUGUCAUAUUGCAUCAUUUCUCAUAGUACCAUAUAAUGAUGGUAACAUCAUUUGAUAAGUGAUAUCAAAUCAUAUUGCAUUGUUAUAUCGUAGUGUAUCGUAUUUUAUCACAAUGGACCAUAUAGUUCCACUUGGCAUGGUGUGGUGUUGUGAUGAUUUGUACCGUAAUGUGUGGUAUGAUGUCAUGUUGUGUCAUUUUGUGUUGGAUCAUUUUAUAUAGCAUCAAAUUGUGUUUUAUGGUAUGGAAUGGUGUUGUAUUAUAAGAUCUCGUAUUGAAUCGUAUUGUACAAGUCACGCUGAAUGCGUAUUAAUCAUCAUAAUCUUGAUCAGUAGUACUCAGACUUCCGUCUCUAACCCUUGCGUCUCCACCUCAGAGGACUUCCUGGAGCAAACGGGGUCUCUGAGAGCUCUCACGUUUAUCAGAGGCAGCCGUCUGCUGACUGCAGUUUGGCCUUUUCUUGUAUGAAAUCAUUUCCCAGAGUGACAGAGUCAGUGGCGGUUUUUAUCGCCCCAUCUGUGGCCCAUGUCGGAGGGUGGGGGAGCGAGCGAUCAGAUGAGUGCAGGAUAACAGACAGAGAGCCAGUAAACGGAGGCGUUUUCUUUUGGACGCAGUGUCCCCGAUGGCGAUUACAUGGCAACGAUGGAAAAUAUCCAAGGACAGCUUGGAGGAGAGGAUCUUUGGCUGAUGUCCCUCGUUUUUUGCCUCUUUUGUGUUCCUUCUUGUCUUUUUAAUAUCCCUCCAACAGUCUGUCUGUCUGUCUGUCUCGCCCUCGUGUGCUCUUUAUCCUCAGCUCAGUCCCUUUAAUUAUUUCCAUUUCUGUCUUCCUCUUUUUCUCAAUCAAUCAAUCAAUCAAACUACAUUUGUGCAGCGCUUUUUACACAACAAAACAAAACACUGCUGGUUAUCGUUUACACAAAACCCUGAGUGUAACUGACAGUAUCUUUUUUAAGAGCGGUAAUCUUAAUAAAACUGUAUUUUUAAAGGACUGUUUUGUGUUUUCUCUUCCAGACCUACUCUCACCAUGACCCAGAGGAACCUCACUGGGGGUUGUAACGUCAACUGUGGCUGUAAAAUCCACGAGUACGCUCCGGUCUGCGGCUCCGACGGCAUCACGUACUUUAACCCUUGCCUGGCGGGCUGCAGCAGCGUGGUCAACGACAGCACAGGGGUGAGUGUCUAAGGAUGACCUGGACGUUAGUCAUGUAUCAGCUGUUGAUACCAGUCCUGAUCCUGGCCUGCCUGAACUAGCUCUCAGGCUUCGUUCCAUGUAUGAUGAUCUCUCUCUCUCCUCACACGUUUAUCUUCCAGGUCCGUAACUACUCCGACUGCGCCUGCGUCCAGAGCCGGCAGGUCAUCACGCCGUCGUCCAGCGGUCAGGGCAGCAACCAGCUUCAGCUCGUCAUCGUCAAGACGUACCUGAACGAGAACGGUUACGCCGUGUCGGGGAAGUGCGACCGCACCUGCAGCACCCUCAUCCCCUUCCUUAUAUUCCUCUUCAUCGUCACGCUCAUCACUGCCUGCGCCCAGCCCUCCGCCAUCAUCGUCACGCUCAGGUACGACACAAACGAGUCACUCGUGUUUCCUCCACCUCACUUUAAAACCCCUUCAAGGGUUGAUUUGGUUGAACUCAGUCUUUAAAGUUGAGUUUUAUUCUCUGCAGGUCUGUAGCAGAGCAGGAGCGUCCGUUUGCUCUGGGAAUGCAGUUUGUUCUCCUCAGGACUCUCGGUGAGUUGAAUAAAAACAUGUAAAAAUAUCAAAACCGACAGUCGUCAUUGGCCGUUUUUCACGUGUAACCAUUUUACUGUAGAGAGAGAAAUCAGCAGAGUUAUCUGAGGACAUCACUGCCAAUCCAUUAGAAGCUGUAUCAGGAUGCGAGCGUCAGCGAAAUGCCGGGGUUGUAGCUGCGCUGCAGGUUCAGUAACUGCUGACCCACCAGCUGAUUUAGCGUCAGGAAACGAGCUUCAGUCCGUUUAACUUCAUUACUGUUCCUCUGAAUAAGGAGGACGAAGGAGAAGUGGCUCUGAUGAAUGAGACCAUCAGUGAGACGCUGUCAGUGUGAAUCAGGAUAAACAAGACGCCUGCAUUCACCAGGCAGGGGGAAGGAGGACGAGGGGCUUUGCAUUAUGGGAAAAGUAUCAAGCUCUUAUAGAGUGUGGGUGUGAUUUGUCCCUCAAAAAACUCCUUAUUUGCCUCAGACUGAUGCUGCGUUUGAGUUAGCUACGAAGUCAGAUGUCGGAGUUGAAAAUGACGUCACACCCGAGUUACCAGCGUUUCAGUCACCAAGUCGAAAAAGAAGCAAAAUCGGAGGCCAUCAAAGGUCUUUAUGGGCGAACAGCCCUGAGGUUUCAGUAACAGUUGAGACGCAAAUCCAGCUCAUACUGGCUAAAAUAAUUUUCUAAAUAAUUUUCAUUUUCCUUUAUUUUAUAUAUAUAUAUUUAAUUCCACUUUAUCAUUUAUAUUACCAUCAUUUUAUUUUAUUAUGAUUUUAUUAUUAUUAUUAUUAAUAUCCUCUUUUAUACUUACUAGCCUGUUUUCUUCCCUCUUUUUCUAUUUCUUUUUUUUGCUUUUAUUUUGGUCCUCAUGGUCCCAUUUAUUUUGUAGGGUUCUUGUAUUGCCUGGGUUUCUUACGAAAAGUGAAACAGGCCUACAAUUCAGAUGCCUGUUUUUUAACUGAGCUUUUGUUUUUAUGUGUUUUUAUUUUCAAUGUGCUGAUGCUCUGUGCUUACAACUGUUGUCUAAGCACUUUGUAAACUUCUGUUUUUAAAGGUGCUAUAUAAAUAAAAUUAUUAUUAUUAUUAUUAUUAUUAAAAUAAGAUUCUAGAGCAAGAGGCAAAGAUGGGGAACACGUCCACAAAGUCCAACUGAAAACAGGAACCACAGAACAGGAUGGGAGGAAGGGGCUGUCAUGUGGGCGUGUCCUCCAACAUUGUUUUAAUUGGACGGCAGUACCUGAUGUCAUGUUCAGGCCAAGUUCUCGAAACAAGCCAGAAAACUUUUCCAGGAUAGAGUUUGAUCUCUUAGUCUGAAACUUUGUCAGGGUUGAGAUUCAGAUUCUCUAAGUUCCCAGUUGGUCAUCUGUUUAUGAGUUUCCUUCUUUCUUUCACUUUCUCUCUGUUUUGUUAUCUUCUCUCCUCUACUUUUUUCUUCUCUUCUAUACUUUCUUUUCUAAUUUCUUCUCUUCUCUUCUCUUCUCUCCUUUCAUCUCUUCCUUUGACUCUCUUCUUUUGUCUCUUCUCUUGUUCCUGUCUUCCUUCUCUCGACCUCUUUCCUUUUAUUUAUUUUCUGUUCUAUCUUUUCUCUGAUCGUUGCUGUUUUCUUUGUCUUCCUCUUCUCCUCUUCCUCUCUGAUGUAUGACCUUCCUCUCUCUCUCUCUUUCACUCCAGCCUACAUCCCGACACCCAUCUACUUCGGCGCCGUCAUCGACACCACCUGCAUGUUGUGGCAGCAGGACUGCGGCGUCCACGGCUCCUGCUGGGAGUACGACGUCACCUCCCUGAGAUUCGUCUACUUCGGCCUCGCCGCCAGCCUCAAGUUCCUGGGCUUCCUCUUCAUCUUCCUCACCUGGUACUCCAUCAAGUACAAAGAGGAGCGGGUGGAGCGCUGGCUCAAGCGCCACCUGUCGCCCGUCGACACUGUGGGCAGCCUCGUCUGCCACCCGGGCGGCCACAAGGGCCACGCUCGCACCCGCUCCUGCCCCGUCAACAUCCCCAGAACCGAUCCCAACGCGCUGCCCGCUAACGGUCCACCGCGCGCUGGCGCCCUCAACCGCGGCAUCAGCACUCAGAGUUGCCCCGGCAACGAGCUUAAAGCAAUAACUCCUCCUCCUCCAGCUACACCGUCGUCUACAGCCUCUCCUACCCCGGCGCCGGCCCAGUCGCUGGAGCAGGUUUCAGUCCGGGUCUGAGUUUUCGGCGGGGAUGGGCUCUGAAGUCAGUCCCGCACAGGACUUUUAUUCUGAAAUCCACUCGGCUGGAUUUUAGCCGCUGUCACAAGCACCGCUCAUCACACGGGGGUCCUGCUCUCGUCCUAGAACUCUUGUCGGCUGGUUAGACGCUCGUAAAAGCUUUCAGGUUUCAGGUUUUGUCCGCACCGGUGGCCUCUUUGGGUCCUGAGUCAGACAAAGAAACCCUGACAUGACAAAUCUGCUGUUGUACGAACGUUGAGAGUGUCCGGAUCUUUCAGAACCGCCGGCCGGCAUCGCGAGCGGACAGAAGUUCCCCACUUUGGAUGGAGGAGAGUUCAUCAUCGCUCAUAAACCCCGCCUCCCCCCUUUUUCUCCUUCUCACCAUGGCAACAUGUGCCUUCUGUCACCCUCACAUGUCCAUUUACACAAACACUCGCACACACGCAGAGUGGACGUCCCUCGGACAGACCGCCGUCACCCUGUAGGAAAAAAAACGUCACCUGAUCAGAUACCUCAGCUUCACCAAUCCUCCCGCUUCCCAUCACCUCACGUCUGCGUGCUUCUUCUUCUUCUUCGUUGGUGUUUUUAAGUCUUCAUCAUGAUUGUUUUUUUUUUUGUUCUCUGGACACCACAUAUCACUCAGAACAAAAAAAAAACCCUUUGGAAAUGUGACACACUGACACAAGUGUUCAGAACUGGAAACCGAUGGCAUGGUGCUAUGUGAAAAACGAUGUUUUAUGUCCAUUUUUUUGUUCUUUUUGUUCGUUCUUUAGGGGUUAAAACUCUUGAAAAGAACCCGACCGGACAGCAGGUCACUGGGCUAAGCAGCUUGGCACACACAGAAUGCAUUCCUGUCCCAUGCAAGGCCUUUUGUUGCUCCCCACGGCACAAUGACACGUAGUAUUACCGCUGGAAGUCGGAUUGUUUGGCUUUUACCAGCUCUAUACAAUGCAUCCAUACAUCGGAGCUGUUCCCCUCCUGACUGGGCAACCUGAUUACCGGUUUAACGUGAAAAAAAAGAACAGGAUUGGCAUUUUCCUCCUGACCGCAUUCCUGUUCGGACGAGUCACCUUCACACGUCUGGAAGAAUACUGAAAGGAGGAACUUUGACGGAGAAGUUUGGAGGUCAGGCUGAGGAAGUACUUUUUUCGAAGCGAGAGUUACAGCCCAUCAUGAACCGACAAAAACACGAUGUUUGUACCGACCAUGUUGGCGGAUUUGUAGUCGACCAUCACGUAGAGGUCUUAAUGUAGUUGUCUGUCCUUCGUCGGCUCCAGGAAUUGAAAAUCUAAGCUGGAUCCUGAAAGAAAGUCAGUUUCCUUCUCUGCUUCAGAUGGUUAAUUGUAAAAAAAAAAAAAAAAAAAAAAGUAGUCCCAAUGAUUUAUGGGUAGCUCUUGCUGAAAAUAGGAUUAGCAGUUUUUUUUACUGAACAUCUCAAGUUUUCAAAUUAAGACGGAAAAGUCCAGGCCGUGCAAAACUGUAGGGGUCUAGUAGAAUCACUUUUAGUUGAACCCUGUCGAGCUGCAGCUCCUGAUUGUUUUAUUUCUCUAGUAUUUUUGCUGAUUAUUCUUCUUUAAAAAAAUCAAGUUUUUAUCUAAAAAGAAAUAAGAAAAAAGUCGCCCUCCAUGAGCCUGUAGGUAGAGCUUCAAAUAUUUUCAUUUAUUUGACCAAAAAUCCAAAUUUACUCUGAAAGAAAAGCAGCGUUUUCUCAACUUUAAAGCUCCUGUGAGGAUAUUUCAGUGUGAGUGACUUUGGCGCCCCCUGUGGCCACAUUGAUACCUCUGACUUCUUUGUCCUGUACAUGUUAAUUCAAAUCUUACCCAGUUUUUACGUUGAUGAUCAUCACUCCAUUUCAGUCUGUUACAUAUUUACUAAAAAUCCUCACAGGAGCUUUAAGAAGUCGGCAUUUAUAAAUAUUUGGUCAUAAACAAAUGAAAAAAACUGAUUUUAUAUCUUACAGUUGAUUCACUGCUAAAUGAUUGAGUAUAGAUCAGUCCCUGAUAUAAUAUAAAGCUGAUAGAUGAAGUAGUUAACAUGCAGAAUAACUUCCGAUCAGAGCUGGGCACAUGUCCGUUAAUCGCUAAUUAUCAGCGUUAUAUUUUCCGUUAACUUUUGACCGUUAACUCAAAUAACAAUGUUGAAGCCGUUAACAUUGAUUUAGUUUAGUUUUCUCUAACAGUGUCAUUUUUGUAGCACCUGAAAAUUGGGAGGAGAGAGUUUGUGGACGAUGUGGAUCGCGUAUUGCGAUAGUUGUUGCAACACUGAAGGAAUACUGUGUUUGUCCACAGUCAGUAAGACGGAUCACAGACAACUUGAGCUAGGUCAUUUAGAUUAAAUCUUACCUGGACUUGGACUGUGAGGAUGGUUUCUGUCGCAGCAGGAUCAGGCAUAGACAGCUGGACUUUUAACAGGUUAUAACAUUAGCUUUGAUGCUAACGUAAAAUCGUCUUUGUUAGCGGAUUAACGGUUAACGGAGUUAAGUUUUUCGUCAACUGUGCCCACCUCUGCUUUUGUUUGAGCCAUUUCAACACGCAGCCACUCUAACGAAAAAAACUGAUACUGUUAGCUGUCAUCGGUCGCAUUCGGGACUCAGAAAAAGUCGCUUUCUUAGGUAAAAAAAAAAUAAAUCCACCAGGGCGAAGAUGUAAAAGCAAUUUAUUUUGUAUUCAGAUAAAUGCUAACCUCUAACCUAGGAAUACGUUCUCAGCUGUUCUGGAGCUUUCAGUGACAUUUUGUCCUCGUCUCGGCGGGCGGAGUUAGCCUAGCUUUCUGUGACCUGCAGAUGUUGACGUCAUCCAUCUUUGCUGAAAAUAAGAGUUUAUCCCAGUGAGCAUUUCGCCGUCAAAAAAAAGUCAAAUGUUGAUUUAUGAGUGAAAGUUUUUCCAGAAAUUAUUUGAUCAUAUAUUAACACAAAGUUUUAGAUUGCUGACAUUUAAAGCGCUCUCUUCACAAUGACUCUUUAACCCAGGAUUUCCACCGCAUCCACCGGGACGGUUCCGAUCCGGAAUGGCGGCGAUUUUUACCGUACGCCAUAGGAAUCAGAAGAACUCACGGAUUCAUGUGCAAUCGCGCGAUAACAAGUUGUCUGAAGCCACAUAGGCUAACAGUAGAUUGUGUCCUUCCAGAGGAGGAAAUCUACUUCUAGACUUCUAGAAUCAGCAUCUCCUCAUCCAUGGUGUCAUUGGGGUGAAAUGACGUCUAUAAUCUUACGUCAAUAAACUAAGACAUCUUUACUUGUUCGUCCACACCCGUUAAUCUGCGCUGAAUUUAUCCGCCAUGCUCCGGCGUCCAGAAAAAAUAGAACUGUUACGAUCAGCUGUGGAGUCCGGUGAUCCGUGGUGGAACGGAAAGAAGCCGGUGGAAACCAACACGUCAACUUGAAUGGUUAUGAUCAGCUGCGAUCGGAGGCAGGUAUGGCCUUUCGUAGCCGUUCCGGAUGCGGUGGAAAUUGGGGGUUAGCGAAUAUCACACAGCCCAUAAAUCGCUAAAAAUUAAACCUUCAUCCUCCAACACUUCAAGUAACAAAUCAUCAAAAUUUAAGACUCUAAUGUAUUAGAGAUACUUCGCCGUUGGUCUGCUGACGUAGUUUAAAACCAGCUCUUUACAUAAAAUCCUGUUUUCAUCGUUAUAACUCGUUAACUUGUGAGUUAAUGCUCACUGGGAUUCUUCCGCUUAGAAACCAGAGUCCACUGAGGACCACUCGUGGAGGUUUUAGUCACUCAGCAUGAUCCUCACCAGAGAGAAAAAAGCCAUCCAAUUAAAGCUCAGGAAAAAUUACAGGUGCGAACUUGUGCUUUUUAAUGACAGCUGGGCAAAACGUCUGGUGUCGAUCAUGUGAUCUGAUUUAAAGCCUCGGAACACCUGAGGGCGCUUUCACACCUGUACCGUAUAGACGUUGUUAGAGGUCGGGGCGUUUCCAACCUUGAAUGUAAACAAAGUAACUACUCUCUAACGAGGUCAAACGCUAGACCAGUCAGACCUGGUCACACACACAGAGCUGUUCCGCCCUGUUUGCUCCUGUGUUAAUAUCUCCACUUUACCUCCUGUACGAAAGCACCUGAAGUCUCAGUUCAACGUUAGCAGAAGAGCAGGUUCUUGGUGUAGCAACAUCACAGUUUGUAAAUAUCUGUAUUUUAGUGUGCGGUGUCACAAUAAUUGACAAAUAUCCGCGCUCGAGGAGACAUUCAAGGGAAAAGUACAACGAUUCAACAUCAUAUCAGUGAAUAAAUCCAGCUACAGGUGUGAAAGCAGCCCCAAAGUUACAUUCUGUUUUUAAACCGCAGAUUUAAAGGAAAAUAACAACCUAUAAACAUCGUCUUCGAAACUAUCUACUCUUUUCUAAAAACAGUCGUAACCAAAAAGAAGUCGGACAAGACGCGAGACUGCUGCCUUACAGAGAGAACAGUGACUCGAAUGGUUUUAAGGUUUUAUUCACUUUGGUUAAAUUAUGUUUUACACUGGACUGGAUUCGAUCAGAUUACGUCCAUCGUCACUCCACCAUGUUGUGAUAUUUUGGAGUUUCUCUUGGGGAAGUCUGGAUCUUUUAAGAGGCGAAGAUGUUCCUCAAUCAUAAUAAUAAUAAUCAUCACAGUAAAGUGAGUGAUAUAUUUAAAUACGUUUCAAAAAGCAGCUGUAGUUGGAGGGUUGAAACUCAGACGAGGUUUUCCAGAGCUUCAAGAACCAGAAUCACACGGCACAAAUAAUUAGAAUCAAUUAAUUAAAGCAGUAAUGAUCAGAACAGGAAGAGUAGCAGCAGCAGCAUGAAUCACCUCUGCAUACAUCAUGUUUGACUUUCCCUCUCUGCUCUCUCCUCUGAGGACACCUUCUGGUCAGAAAUGGAACUGCAUGCAGGGACAACUUGUGUGUUUCCAUUGUUUUCAGAAAAAUGUUUUAGGAUCUGCAGAGUUUCGACAAAUAACCUGUCCAGUUUUUUACAUUUAAAUGAGCUAAAAAUGAGCGACACAGUAACGAAAAGUAGGAAUCUGUGCUCAUCCUUCCCCUGCCAAAAAACAGUGAAGAAGAAGAAAACUUGAGGCGUGUUUUCAGUCCUGAACAUGUUCGAGACGGUAGAUUAGAGACGCACUCUUCUUUGACAGAACAACAAAUGUCCAGUAUGGGUCUGUGUAACGAAUCUCCGAGAAACUCAUCCACCACUUCUGUAUUUUUGUGCCUACAUUACCGUGAAAAUGCUGUUUUUCUUUGUGUUUGUGGUGCUUCUGCUCAGCUGGGGCCACAAAUGACGGAAUACUGACACCACCUCUCCAUACUUAGUGUGUUCAAAGUCAAAGUCAAAGUUCAGACUUUCACCUCUUCAGUUAAUUUCAUCGGAUGUAAUUUAGUAGAAGAUCAGGCUCGAAAAAUCCAUUUUUUUUACCAGGUGUAAACAUCCAAGAAAAACCAACUUUGUUUCAUGUAUUUUGAAGGAUUUCUCACCACAGACCUAAAGUGUCUGAAUUAUUAAUGUGCAGAAGAAGAAGAGAUCUGAAACCUGCUUUCCUUACGCUCCCAAACAGCAGGUGGUGUCAGUAUUUCAUCCUCAUGCUGUUGAUUUUGUCUGAGUCUACUGAUUCUCCUGGGCUGAAGUCCAGGAUUUCACUGUCACUGGUGUUUCAAACCCUCACUCCUCUCACCUCCUCUUCAGGAUGGAGGAGCGGUUUACCUCCACCUGUCUUUUUUUUUUUUUAUGUAGUGACGUGGGGUCGUCUCCAGACUACAGACAGAGACUGAUUCUGGAUCAGUAUGAGCUCCUUCAGGCAGUUGUUAGGUAGAAUAUCUGAGUUUACUUUAUUCAUCUCCUCCUCCUUUUUAAAAAAAGAAAUAAAUCAGUAUUGUAUUUAUUUUAAAUAGACAGUGUUAUGACUGACUGAAAGGCUACACUGGUGAGAGGCAACAUGUAGAUUUGUGGACGCACUGUUUACAAAUGCCUUGGAUACUUGACUUCUGUCAAUAAAAAUGUGAAAAAUAAUAAAACAGUAUUACAAAAAGUCA